AUGGGUUUCGCGGAGAGGAUGGAGGAAAUCAAGGGUAAAGCAAAGGAGAUGCGAGAUCGCGCGAGGAUAAUCAUGAGCUCGCCAAACGGGAGGAGUGGGAUGUCAAACGAUGGGGAGACUGCGUCGCCGGCGAGCGUCUCUCCAGCGUCCUUCGCUCAGUCUCUGUCACCGCGCCGUGUCGAUGCGGUGGACGUUCGAACGACGAGAGACGAAGCCGCGGGUGUUGAAUUAGUGAUGGAAGAGGGUUCGCUCGUCGCUGGAGUCGAGCGCGGGUACUUUGACGAACCGUCGACGAGCGAGCCGACAUUCGAUCCCGUGUUGGUCUCAUUGCGACGCCUAGGCGCAGAUUUCACGGUGGAGGACCUGAGUAAGGAGGAAGAGAGAUUAUCCGAGCUUGCUGAUAGAGUAUCUUCGGCGCUGAAUAGAGAGAUCAUGGCGCACGGCGAAGAUUUUGAGAAGGGCAUGGAGAACAUCACAAAGAUUUACGAUACGCUUGAAGCCGCGGGAGUGUUGUUGAAGAAUUCUCGACGCUCGCUCCAGCGCGUGGGAUCGGACGUGAAGAGUGCGCUACGAGUACAAGGCUCGCACACGACGAAGGGUUCGAUUAUCGAGACGCUUCGGAUUCUGGAGGACAUAAAGUUCUGUCAGACGUGCGAGAUAAAAAUUCGCUCUCGAUUAGACGCAUCAGAUUAUGCAGAGGCCAUGACGUUGUACUCCAAGGCUUGGAGUAUUUUAGAGGGUAUGCAUGGGUUGAAAUGCACGUACACGCUCCGAGAAGACUUCGUCGCUCUACGAUGGGAGCUCGCGACGUGUGUUGAUAACGUAUUGAUUGAUUUGUGCGGCACGUUUGACGCGGAAAAGUUUGCAAAGCUUUACGAACAGUAUCCGAAACUCGGUCACGAGGUGAAGCACUUGGCCGAUAAGAUUCAGGACGCGUUCCUCAAGGCGGUGGAAGUCCAAACAGAGGGAAUGUUGCGCCUGCAUGCCAUGCUGGCGCAAGAUGAAGAGAUCGAAGCGAAGAGAAAGAGCAGGAUGGGUUACAAGCAGCUCUGUUCGCAGCUCUCAUCGAUGCAAUUCGUGCCAUGUCUGCGAAAGACGCUCGAGUCCUUGCAUGAAAUAUUUUUAUCGUCAUACAGGAUGACGGCCUGGUGUCAGGCGGCGAUGCAAGAUACCAUCGAUUUGUCGAAUGCUGAGGCGAUCAACACAUGUAGCGCUCUUAUCGCGGCGCUGCAAAUAAAUCGCAAGCCCAUCGUGGAAAUGGCAAGCGUUCGACUCGCAGCGUUGCUGCAGUCCUCUGGCCCACCGAGUAACGCGGCGUUCCGAGAGGUUUUCGAUUUGUGUCGCGUAUUCAUCACGUGCGCCGAGGCUUUCUGCGGCGAGGAAUCGCAGACGCUGCGUGCGCAACUGGAACGAAUCGGUGAUAGAUACUUUGAAUCUCUUCACAGCGCCAGACUCGACGCGUCCAAGACGAUCUUUGAGAGUGAGCGAUGGAUUCCCGUAUCGAUGGAUGCCGUGAAACGGGUCCGAGACGAUCUGAGGAGCGCCAUGCAGCGGAAGAAAGCGACGAUUAACGGCCUUGGCAAGACUUUAGGCGACACAGCCAUCACAACGUUCAACUCGGACCAGAUCCUGGAUUCGGAAUCGUUCGUGAGGUUCAUUCAUCAGCCGAAUCCUUUCAUUGCAACGGGACAGUCCAAUGAAUCCGUGGCAACAAACGCGGAAGCGUCUCGCGCAGACAACGGCGUCGACGCUGUCGAUAUGUCUACGAGCGUAUCGACGGAGGAUUUCGCCUCGAACGGAGAGCAUGAGCACGCAUGCGAUGGAGACGACGUCGGUUUGGACCGAGCGGGGGUCAAAAUCACCGCGUCAUCGCUGUACAUUCUUCAGGGCAUCGUCGAGUACACCGUGCUCAUGCAAGUGAUGCGUCCGAGCGUGCCGGUCAUUUUCAAUGGCAUCUGUCAGCUCUUCGAGCUAGCCCUCGUGAAGACUUUCAAUGCGUUCGGUCGUACCGAAGGUUUACUUCCUGACUCUUACGAUAUGACGCCACGACUUCGUGGGACACUGUCCAGACUCGGGAACUCGGGUGGCGUUAUGGCGAUUCGUGUGACGGCGCCGAGUCAAGGCGACGAGGACAUCUUGUCGAGCGGAAAUUUAUACGGAUUAAAAGAGCGAGGCAUCGCGAUAGAGUCGCUCGCACGCGUUGCUGACGAGUUCAAGCGCAUCAAGUCUCGCGUGAAGCGGUCGCUUCCGUUGAAGGAUGCCGCCUCGGCGGAUCGCUUUUACUCGCACACCGUCGCGGCUGUGGAAGAUUUGCGCGAGCAUGUGUACAAGAACGUCGCCUCAUUACUUUUGAACAUAGGUUUUUGUGCGGAGGCUAUCGGGGACGGCGAUCCGAACUUUGCCUUGGUGAACUCGACGUUCGCCGGCAAGUACAACUUGCGCGAGGCGCCGAAACGCCAGAGCAAAUGGGUAGACGACGUAUCGGCCGAGCUCUUGCAGUUUACCACGAAACUCGCCGUCGCGGACGUCGCCCCCGAGGCCUUAGCCGUGCUCUGGGGCCAAGCCGCGAGCUUGCUCGAGCACGUCCUCGUCGACGGCUUCAGCAGGGUGAAGAAGUGCACGGACGCCGGGCGCGCGCUCAUGUCGCUCGACAUCCAAACCUUGCGCGCCGAGUUCACCAAGCUCGCCCCUUCCGGAACCUCCACCGAGUGGCUCUUUGUCACCGCCUACAUUGACGCAUUCUUCAUCCCCGAGCACGACUUCCCGAAGUGGCUCGUGAUCCACCCCGAGUACACCAAGUCGCAGAAGCUCUCUCUCGUGCACCAAGCGAGCGCCGGGCGUCGAUGGUCCGCCAAGCUCAGAGCCGACUCCAUCGCCGCCAUCGAGGCCGAUCCGUGA